AUGCCACCGUGGACGAAUAUGUGGCUAACAUCGGCAAUAGCACUGUCCAUGUCGUUGCAUUUUGUCAUUCUGUAUGUGGAAAUUUUGGCAACAAUCUUCCAGAUUACACCACUCACGUUGACCGAAUGGUUCGCGGUGCUGAAAAUCUCGAUCCCGGUCAUUAUCCUGGAUGAAAUCCUGAAAUUUAUUGCUCGAAACUAUAUCGAUGGUGAGAGUGCUUGCCGUGCUGGUGCUGAUGAUUAUCAAAAGCCAUGCCGUGCGCGUACCAUACGUGCCGUGAUUACCGUAACAGCGCUAACCGGCAUUUUUGUUGGUUAUUUCUACUGGCUACUACGGCCCUAUGUGCCCCAGUUGAUGCAUGCUGUUGGCCGGGCACCCCGGUCGGCGCAGUUUAAUUUUCACACGCAUGAUGAUUUAUGA